GACGGUCGAGCGACGGCCUUGGGACUGCCAGUGGCUGAGCUGGGAGUGUGGCGUCGCAGGUGAGAGUGCGGAAAGUGGACACGGAGAAAUACGGACGGCUAAGACGACAGUACGGACAGAGGAGACGAGAAAUGGAGACUGGACAGCUCCAAGAGAAGUUUAUCCAGAUGAAAGAAGAGAUGGCACUUCUGAAGGAGGAAAUGACACAUCGUAAUCAAGAGGUCAUGGUCCGUUGGGAUGGGGAACUGACCACUCUGAAGAAAAACUGCGACUCACUGAGUGAACAAGUGGUCGGACUGGAGGGAGAAGUGGCCACACUGAAGGGAAACAACGCCACACUGAAGGGAGACAACGCCACACUGAAGGGAGACAACGCCACACUGAAGGGAGACAACACUACACUGCGUCAGGAGGUGGUCCAUCUACGUGAAGAGGUAGUCCGCCUGCGACAGGCUGUCCUCGAGGAGCGCACCACUCGCCAGGUCGUCGUGGAGGAGCUGCGGCAGGAGGUCCGCCGGCGAGCGGCGCUAUCCGACCGUCUACAGGGUGACGGCGAAGAGGUGGUCUCACUGAAGGCCGACAGUGACACUCGUGACAAGUGUGACACCACCACCAGUUGUGACGUCACCCUAACUACGGAGGAGAUGGGGCCGGCGGCUUCCGGUAAGUUGAGGCCGCCCGCGCCUCGCGAGACCAACAUCUACCACCUUGAUACCGAGCUGCUGAAGAUGGUGCUGAGCAAGAUGGACUGCAGGGACAUGUUUCGCGCCAGACGGGUCUGCCGUCGGUGGCGGUCCGCCGUCGACGAUAUCGUCGGCGACUGUCGGCGGGAGCUAACCGAUCAGAAAACCCGUGGUGGAGAGGUCCCGGCGCCGGCCACGAGCCUAGAGCUCGUAUUGAAGGUGCAGGACCAGCCGAAGAUGACCGAAUUGCAGGCGCCGGCCGCUGAGACGGACACCGACCUCCGACUGGUCGCGGCCACCUGCCACGCCCUGGAGAAGGCCAACCUGCGCGGCUUUAAGCUGCGGGUCUCUGCCCUGCGCCGGCUGGCGCGUGCCAACGCCUCCAGUCUGCGUGAGCUGACGCUGCCGGCCGGCAUCAGCGACUGGCAGCUGGAGGCGCUGCUGGAGCCGCUGAAGGCUCUGGAGCGGCUCGAUGUGAGCCCACCCGUGGACAGCUCCGGCAAGUGGCUUCGGCUGCUGCCCAAGUCGCUGAGGAGACUGGACAUCACUGGGUCGGGGAUGACUCUGGAGCCGGUGGAAUACAGACGAUGUCCGUCGGAGGGACUGCUGGUCGGUGUACAGCUAGCAACAGACGCACUACUGGACCAGCUGGCUGUCCUGGCGACCCACACAGUCACAGAGCUUUUCAUUGGUGACUCACCGUCCGUGACACCGGAGGCGACAGGACGCCUCCUGGCUGCCCUCACCAGCUUGAAGGACGUCACUCUUCACAGAGCGGGCGUCAUUUCCGAAACUGUGCUGUCCGCCCUUCACGGCUGUUCCCAGCUGGAUACGGUGCACCUCAAAGACACCCGGCCCCUCACGGACAUCCCUGCCCUGACCCAGUCAGAGGUGGCAGCGGUCAGCAGGAUGGCAGUGACAUGCAGGAAACUGAAGACACUGUUCCUAACCUCCUCACUCGAAAACUGCCAGGCCGUCCUGACCGCCCUGCACAAGACAGACCUGGGAUGUGACAAUGACCAGUCCCGCAUCAUUAAUCUUCGGGUCCCCAAGUCUGUAAUCGACAAGCUUACUGAGCCUCCCAAUGGCAGCAAAAUCACCGUGUACUCUUUCUAAAAGCCUGACUAAUCAGUGCCUCGACCGCUCCGGUGCCGGCGGCAGUGUCGGAAUUCGACAACAGAUGGCAGCACCGUGUCCCGUCGGCAGCGCUGUACUGUACACAAUGCACGUCUAGACCUUCAUAUCCAGAAGUACUUCGCGCCGCCCUGUCCCAUCGGCUCAGGUCCGUGGGUACUUUACCGCCGUGCCAGGCUGGUUUGGGCUGAGUGGCCAUCUAAAUGCUUGAUCAUUUGAGCACAGAUUGCUACGUUUGUUGACACUGCUUUGAUAGACAGUAGGUAUAUUAUUAUUCAGUAUCCGAAAUGUAUCACCCUCGGGGCCACUGUCCAGCCGUCGGUAAACCGUUGUCACCGUGCCGGAGGUACCGCCGUGGUGACGUCACGUGUGUUGUCGUGACGUCACGCUGGCUCACGCUUAGGGCCUUGACGCCGCUGUGCUGUUGUGUUGUAGUUUCAGUUUAGACCCAGGGGGGUGACACGGCUAUUCGCGCAAUGUAUUCAGUUAUGGGCCGCGCGGGGCCUCGCGAUGACGCGGCUGGAGGCAACUGCUCAGCGCGCUAGGAUACUUCUGGCGGGGCCGGGCGCUGAACGGUGUGCAAUAAAUGGGUGAUGGGCGGGAAGACAGAGAUGAGGCAUUGAAUUUGAAUUGUCAUCAGCAGUCGGGUGGGGAGGGAGAAGGUGUCUAAUCGAGCUUGGGAUGGGGAAAGCCGAAAAUGUCACGAUCGGCUCAGAGCUCCGACGGGCCGGGUGCCGUACCAUGUGUAGCAUAUUUAGGCGGGCAGACAGAGAGGAGUUAUUGGCUUACCAUCGGUUUCUGAUAGGGUUUGAAGGCGUUUUUAGUAAAGCUCGGGGUGGGGCAGCCCACUGGCGGAUCCAAGGGAAGGCAUUUGGGGCAAAUGUCUUCCCCCACAACCGGGGCAGCGCCCGAAAUCGCUUUUCGAGAAUAAAAGAAAACUUCACAACUUUUCUGAGAAAAUGUUGGUUACCUAAUCACACUGCACAACAGUGCGCAAGGAAUGGAAAUCCGAGUUUUAAAAAUUAAUUCGGAGAAACCUUUUUGGGGUAAGCCCCCACAGUAUCCAAGACCGCUUCCUGGAUCCGCCAGUUGUGAAUAAGUCACAGUCGAUACCCACCAGGAGCAUAUACAUACAUUGACCCCGUUUCCCUAAAAAUAGACGGUCACAUUCGGCCUGGGUCCUUACGACCCCUCUAGAUUCACCAGAGACGGGAUUGGGUCGCCGCUAUUGCACCCGUCUUAGGGUCUUUUGAUACAUAGACAGACAGCUUCAACCACGACGUCGGACGGGGCGAUCGUUCUACGAAUUUACGCACCAUCCAGGCCUAGGAUGCAUCGUGGUUUAUAAGAAUGCAGUCUGUAGAUCAAUCAACAUAGCAAUGGUGGUAUGCAACCACAUUAAAAUAUCUCCCCGGCUCCCGCAACGUUCCAAUGCCCCUCCGUUAUGCAUUCGCCCAAUGUGUCCGCCGAGCCGGCUUGCCUCCAAUGACGUCAUCGGCCGGCCGGCGGCGUUCAAGGUCAAACGGCUGGUGUCCUUACCUGGAGUUCUAUAGCCUUGUUUAGACCAGAGAGUGGUUGGAGCUAGCUGUGAGGGUGUCCGGUCCGGGCGAUAUCGGACCUCGCCCGUCACUGUGUCGGACCAUCGGUGGUCCGGUCGGCUGUGGUUCGUUUAGACCUGAUAUGUCCGGUUCGGUGUCGCUCAUGGGAUAUCACGGGCUGAUGGCGAUUGAAAUACAUGAUUGGGAAGUAGAUUAGCUCAGUAAGGUUCUACAAUAGACCGUGUUUAAACCUCUUGUCAGUGUAUGAGAGGCUUAGGACGAGGUGUUGAAUACACAACUUUUACAGAAAUGGCACUCGCAAA